AUGCGUGAGUUCAAAGUUGUUGUAUUGGGAAGUGGCGGAGUUGGUAAAAGUGCCCUGACAGUUCAGUUCGUUAGUCAAACUUUCAUUGAAAAAUAUGAUCCAACCAUAGAGGAUUUCUAUAGGAAAGAAAUUGAGGUUGAUGGACAGCCUUGUGUUUUGGAAAUUUUGGAUACAGCAGGAACAGAGCAAUUCUCGUCUAUGAGAGAUUUAUACAUUAAAAAUGGCCAGGGUUUCGUUGUUGUUUAUUCAAUUACAAGUCAGCAGACUUUCCAUGACAUUAAAACUAUGAGAGAACAAAUAGUCAGAGUAAAGGGUACUGAGCAGGUUCCUAUCCUAUUGGUCGGUAAUAAAUGUGAUUUAGCCCAUCAGAGGCAAGUAAGACAAGAAGAAGGCUUAGCAUUAGCCGAAUUCUGGAACUGCCCUUUCACGGAAUGCUCAGCAAAAAAUCAUCAGAAUGUCAAUGUGACGUUUGCUGAGAUUGUGCGAGAAAUGAAUUAUAUCCAAAAUAAAGCUAGAGAAAGUAAAGGAUGUUGCAGUCUGAUGUAA